ACCACAUGUCUCCCAAGUACGAAUAGGUACCCAAGGAUCGAGUCGGUCUGGGCUCAGCAGCCAGCCACGCCAGGCAAGUAGACUGGCUCUCGGCUCGGCUUCUCGGGCAGCAAAGGCGCUCAUCCACAUUCAAACUCUCUCCCCUCCUCAGCCAGCUGGCCCAACAACGCCCGAGUGUCAUACGCGUCCGAAAUGCAUCAGGGUUCCCGCCUGCGUCGAUAUGGAUCCAGGGUGCGACUCAGGACGUCGGGCUCGCCAUCUGGCCGUUGCCGUUGCCGGUCCCUGUGGACGACAUCCCGACUUGAUAGCUAUUCCGAUACGCUUUCAAAUCUUCGAAUUGGAAACCACACACGUGUGAUCUUCCAGGGAUUUACUGGAAAGCUGGCGACAGUAAAUGCCAAAGACUCCAUUGCCUGGGGCACCCGUAUUGUUGGGGGCGUGACGCCUGGCCGUACUGCGGAGCAUCUCGGCCUUCCGGUGCUUCCUACGGUCCGAUCGGCGGUGGAACAGCUAAAGCCAGAUGCUACGGCCAUCUAUGUGGCAGCCCACCAAGCCGCAGCCGCCAUUGAAGAGGCUAUAGAAGCCGAAGUUCCACUCAUCGUAGCUGUAGCGGAGCACAUCCCCUUGCAUGACAUGCUCCGAGUCCACUCCGUGCUAAAAUCGCAAUCCAAGUCUCGCCUUGUUGGGCCCAACUCGCCUGGUAUCAUCUCUGCGGUUGGCAGGUGUCGGAUAGGUUUCCAACCGCUGCCGUGCUUUACGCCCGGACGAAUAGGUAUUGUUGCCAAAUCCGGAACGCUGAGUUACGAAGCAGUGGCCUCGACCACGAGGGCAGGCCUUGGGCAGAGCUUAUGCAUCGGCGUGGGCGGCGAUAUCGUCCCCGGGACCAAUCUCCAAGAGGCACUGUCUGUUCUUGAACAUGACUCAGAGACAGAUGGCAUCGCCUUGAUUGGUGAAAUUGGGGGCCGCGGUGAGUUUGACGCCGCUGACUGGAUACGCGAGUACCGUUCUCGGGCCAAAUCACCAAAACCUGUGGUUGCCUUGGUUGCGGGUAUCACCGAGGCGACCGGCCGGAUCAUGGGCCACGCCGGCGCCUUCACCACUGCCGGGGAACCGGACGCAAAGGCCAAGAUAGCAGCGCUUGAAUCUGCAGGCGCGACCAUAGUCGGCCACCCAGCAGAGUUCGGUGAGGCGCUGAAGGCAAGGUUGGGAGCCAGAACCGUGACCCUCGAGCUGGGGCUGAGAGAAGAAGUUGGCAUUCGAUCUCUCGGGGGGACUCAGCGCCGCCAAUUUCACACUGUUGCCCACAGACCCCAACAUAGAGAGCAACAGAGGCCGCUCUUGAACCGACAGCAACGGAGACACCUUUAUAUCUCCGAGGGCCAAUGCAUGGAUCUCCUCCGGGAGGCCGGCGGAAUUAACUGUGCUACGGUGGGUUCAUCGGAGCCCGGUACUCGAAAGCUUUUGGCCCUGGGUAUCGAACGUGCGACACGGUCUCCGUGUAUAAUUGCUUCGCCGAGCGCUGAGGAGGCCAAACUAAGUGGAUCCGUGGAACGGUAUCCCAUCGAUUAUGGCAACGACCACGACACGGUCAUCAUUGAGCAAGUUGCGAGGCAUUUGCAGUUGAGUUCAAGCGAAAGCGCCGUGAAAUCUCUCCGCCAUCUUCUCAAGGUUUUGACAGCCAUUUUCUACGACAAGGAGGCAUUCUUCCUAUCCACAUCUAUAGUGGAACGCUUAGGGGAGCUCACCGUUGUCAAUGCACGCUUCGGCUUCGACGAUGCUGCUUACCGCAGCUGCGGUCGACAAGCCGAGUUGCAACAACUGCGGAAUGUCGCCGCAGAGGAUCCGGCUGAGGUCGAAGCUGAGAAGAACGGCAUCGUGUACAUCAAGCUCGAGGGUCCCGGGGCCGUCGGCACCCUCGUCAACGGCGCGGGGUUGGCUAUGAACACUGUUGAUGCGCUCCGGGGGCAUGCCGCCAACUUCCUCGACACGGGGGGCAAGGCGACGUCGGAGACGGUGAAGCAGAGCUUCGAGAUCAUCCUGCGGGACCCGAGAGUCCGAGUGAUUUUUGUCAAUAUCUUUGGCGGGCUGACUCUCGGUGAUAUGAUUGCCAGGGGCAUCAUCAUGGCCUUUAAGGAGUUGUCACCCAGUACCCCCGUUGUAGUACGCAUCAGGGGUACAAAUGAGGAGGAAGGCCAGAAGCUCAUUGCUGAAAGUGGCUUGCCGCUCUAUGCAUUCGACGAUUUCGAGGCCGCGGCGGCUAAGGCUAUUGAACUGUCCAGAUAAUCCCGGUCACCACUCUGAUGACAGCCGUGUGGGUGACAUAUCGCCCGAACUCGUCGAACACGCGUAUAUUAUCACCUUUACAAAUGCUCAUUGUUUGUGCUUC